AUGAUGUGUCCAGUUCUCAAGCAGCACGUCAAGCUUGCUUGUGUCCAGUUUUCAAGCACCGCGGACAAGAUCUUCAAUGUUAGCGAAGCUCGAGCAGGAGUGAUAGAGGCAGCCAAUGCGGGCGCCCGCAUCGUCGUCCUUCCAGAAUGUUUCAAUGCGCCAUACGACAUGGCGCUCUUCCCUCAGUACGCCGAGAUCCUGACGCCCUCGCCCCCCUCGAAGGAUCAGUCAUCGACAUACCACGCUCUAUCGACUCUGGCCAAGGAUACGAAUGUAUACCUCAUCGGAGGAAGCAUACCCGAAUUUGAGCCAUUAACGGGCAAAUACUAUAACACGACGCUGGCAUUUGGGCCAGAUGGCGCUGGCCUUGGCUCACACCGCAAGACUCACCUUUUUGACAUCGACAUUGAGAACAAGAUGACGUUCCGUGAAUCCGAUGUGUUGUCCCCCGGAGACAAACUCACCAUCGUGGAGCUACCCGACUACGGGACAGUCGGGCUGGGCAUCUGCUACGACGUCCGGUUUCCCGAGCCAGCUAUGAUAGCUGCGAGACUCGGCGUCUUUGCCCUUAUCUACCCCUCUGCAUUCAACUCGACGACGGGCGCUCUGCAUUGGGAGGUAUUGGCCCGGAGCAGAGCGCUCGACAAUCAAGUCUACGUCGCGCUGUGCUCGCAAGCAUUGCCGCCCACGGGAUAUCCGGCUUGGGGACACAGCAUCAUCACAGACCCCAAUGGCCAGGUCAUGGUCAUGGCGAACCGAGAGAAGGCAAUAGUCUAUGCUGAGCUUGACUCUGAGGCAAUUGGACAGCAUCGCAGACAGAUUCCCACCAGCAACCAGCGCAGGUUCGACCUAUAUCCAGACAUAAGCCAGUUGUGCACAAAAGGUCUAGGAUUGGACUGA